AUGGAUGCCGAUGUCGAUGCAAUCGAGAUCGAUGAUGACGAUACUGGCAUAUUCAGCAUCGCCAAUGACUGCCAAAGUGAGGACGAUGACACCCUCACUGGUGAAGACAACAUUCAUUUAGCAGUGCACACGAAGCGCACUGCUGUUGACAAGGAUGAAUCAGCAGAGGAAUUUCUGCUGAGUCGCGAAGCGGUUGUCCGCUCCAUUUAA